AUGGAGGUGGCUCGUACCUCCAUGAUCCAUGCGGCUGCUCCCCAUUUUUUGUGGCCGUUUGCGGUCCGGUACGCUGCGCAUCAGCACAACCCCUGGCCCCGUGUCUCCUUGCCGGAGACCUCGCUUACACUGCGUUGGACGGGAGAGGUUGGCGAUGCGUCGGUGUUCCGGGUCUGGGGCGCUCGUGCCUUUGUCCGCGAUACCUCCGCGGACAAGCUCUCCUCCCGCGCCAUUCCCUGUGUCUUCCUUGGCUUUCCCCCCCACGCGCCUGGCUGGCAGUUUUACCACCCCACCACGCGCCGUGUUCUGUCCUCUCAGGACGUCACGUUUGACGAGUCGGUUCCCUUCUACAAGUCGAUUGUUCCCCCUACCGCACUGCCCCUCUCCCCCCCCCCCCGCCGCUCUUCCUCGCUCCAGCCUGUCAAGGUCACUGGCGACUUUGGUGCUGCUGGGGGUGGUGCUGCUCGGGGUGCUGCGUCUGGGGGUGCUGAGCCUGCGGGUGCGGAGCCUGGGGGUGCUGAGCCUGAGGGUGCUGAGCCUACGGGUGUGGAGCUUGGGGGUGCUGGGCCUGAGGGUGCUGAGCCUGGGGGUGCUGAGCCUGAGGGUGCGGAGCCUGGGGGUAUUGAGCCUACGGGUGUGGAGCCUUGGGGUGCUGAGUCUGGGGGUGCUGAGCCUAGGGGUGCUGCGUCUGCUGGAGGUCCUACGGGUGCCUCGCCGCAGCGGUCUAGCCGGCGGGAGCCUCUCUCACCACAGCAGCUGCGCGAGUGGUUUGCUCGGCGCACCCGCCUUCAGAGUGGCGUUGCUGGAGCUGGAGGCACUGCCGAUGGAGGCGCUGGAGCUGGAGGUGUUGGAGCUGGAGGCACUGACGCUGUGGACCACUAG